CCUAACAACCUGAUAAGCUAGGUGGAGUGUGUCACCCACAACUCACAAGAGAAGUGCAUAUUUUUGAGUUACUGAGAAAGGAGAGUCACACUCUUAUUAACUAUCAUCAUAUAAUUUUGGUUCUUCAUUUUCACAUAUAUUAGAGCAUGGAUCCUUACAAGUUUCGUCCCUCGAGUGCUUUUGACACGACCUACACCACCACCAACGCGGGUGGGCCCGUGUGGAAUGACAAUGAAGCCCUUACUGUGGGACCCAGAGGGCCGAUCCUGUUGGAGGAUUAUCAUCUGAUCGAGAAGAUCGCACACUUCGCGCGGGAACGGAUACCGGAGAGGGUGGUGCAUGCUCGGGGGGCGAGCGCGAAGGGGUUCUUCGAGUGCACGCACGACGUCACCGGCCUCACCUGCGCCGACUUCCUCCGCGCCCCCGGUGUCCAGACUCCCGUCAUUGUCCGCUUCUCCACCGUCAUCCACGAGCGCGGCAGCCCCGAGACCAUCCGCGACCCCCGUGGUUUCGCCGUCAAGUUCUACACCCGCGAGGGCAACUGGGAUUUACUGGGCAACAACUUCCCAGUAUUCUUCAUCCGCGAUGGCAUCAAAUUCCCCGACGUGAUCCACGCAUUCAAGCCAAACCCUAAAUCCCACAUCCAGGAAUACUGGCGCGUGUUCGACUUCCUCUCCCACCACCCGGAGAGCCUCCACACCUUCUGCUUCCUCUUCGACGACGUCGGCGUCCCCACCGACUACCGCCACAUGGAAGGGUUCGGCGUCAACACUUACACCUUCAUCAACCGCGCGGGGAAGGCACACUAUGUCAAGUUCCAUUGGAAGCCGACGUGCGGUGUGAAGUGCCUGAUGGAGGACGAGGCGGCGGUGGUCUGCGGGCGGAACCACAGCCAUGCGACGCAGGAUCUGUAUGACUCUAUUGCUGCAGGGAUUUACCCCGAAUGGAAGCUCUACGUUCAGGUCAUGGACCCGGACCACGAGGACCAGUACGACUUCGACCCGCUGGACGACACCAAGACAUGGCCCGAGGACCUGCUGCCGCUGCAGCCGGUGGGGCGGCUGGUGCUGAACCGCAACAUCGACAACUUCUUCGCCGAGAACGAGCAGCUGGCCUUCGGGCCGGGGCUCGUCGUGCCGGGCAUCUACUACUCCGACGACAAGAUGCUGCAAUGCCGGGUCUUCGCGUACGCCGACACGCAGCGGUACAGGCUGGGCCCAAACUACCUGAUGCUGCCAGUGAAUGCACCAAAGUGUGCCCUGCACAACAAUCACUAUGAUGGGCUCAUGAACUUCAUGCACAGGGAUGAAGAGGUGGAUUAUUUCCCUUCUAGGCAAACUCCUCUUAGACAUGCAGAGAGGUUUCCGAUCCCGACCCGGCCCGUCACCGGCCGCCGCGAGAAGAUUACAAUUCACAAGCAAAAUGACUUCAAGCAGCCGGGAGAGCGAUAUCGGUCGUGGACGCCCGACAGGCAAGAUCGCUUCGUCCGUCGAUGGGCAGAGGCUUUGGGCCAUCCCAAGGUCAGCCACGAGCUCCGCAGCAUCUGGAUCUCUUACCUCUCUCAGUGCGAUACGUCGUUGGGCAUGAAGGUGGCGAAUCGCCUCAAUGUGAAACCAAGCAUGUGAUGAGAGAUGCAGCAGCUAUCAUGUAUUCAGUAGUUUUUAAGUUUCCUGCAAUGAAGAGUCUCUCCUCCUGUUGUAUUUCCAUAAUAAGACUACUUCAAUGUAGCCUCUGCUCCCUCCACUGUAUUCCUCAUCUCAUGGAAAUGGAUGUUCUCAAGUACAUAUUCUUGUGAUGAGAUAUCAAUGGAAUCUAUGGUCGUAUUCCGUCUGAUAUAUCAUCUGUUUAGUUGCAUAAAGUUUUCGGCAACAACAUAUAACCUCAAUUGAAGAGCACAAUGAGAAUGA